GCACAUAAAAAUUACUUCAGAAAAUUGUUGAUAUACAGAAAAAAUUGAAGCAUCAUAAAAAGGAAAUUAUAAUAGUUUACAUAUCUAGAAAUAGAGUGCAAAGUUCUACCAAGAGUAAGAGUAAAUUAAUAUUAAGCGAAGGUUUGUGAUUUAAUAAUACACUUACAGAAAUUUUAUUCCACUUUAUUUACAACUCAGAUAUCUAAAAAAUAGAUUGCUUUUGAAAUACAAAUGCAAGAAACAAUUGGAGAAAUCUAAAAUCAUAAUUAGAAGAGAGUAGUGUUUUCUUUAUCAGCCAUCGGAUGUGUUACACAUCAGUGGGUGUAGUAACGGCUUAGGACUCUGAGCGCCGCUGUUGAUCAACUCUACGCAAAAAUCAGGACUCCAUCCGGAUUUCCAGUUCUGCGACUACACAAAACCCGGCAGAUACCACAUACCUGCUCCCAGGCUGCAGCAAAACUCAGCCUCUUAACUUAGGGCACUCUGGCUUUCUUCUAAGGAAAAGGAUCACAAUACUUUGCAGGAUGGAAGAAAGAACCUGAUGAAGCAGCGCGCACAGAGAGCCUUUUGAGAAAAUUCCAAAGCGAGGCAGCAAUGGCAGCUCCAACCAAAUGCCAGCUCCGCGGAAGAUUAGUCCUGCUAUGUUCGCUCCUGGGGAUGCUAUGGGAGGCCAGGGCCAGUCAGAUUCGCUACUCAGUGCCUGAAGAGACAGAAAAGGGCUAUAUUGUGGGCAACAUCUCCAAGGACCUGGCUCUGGAGCCCCGGGAGCUGGCGGAGCGCGGAGUCCGCAUCGUCUCCAGAGGUAGGACGCAGCUUUUCUCUCUGAACCCGCGCGGCGGCACCUUGGUCACCGCGGGUAGGAUAGACCGGGAGGAGCUCUGUGCUCAGAGCCCGCGGUGUCUGGUGAACUUUAAAGUCCUGGUUGAAGACAGAGUGAAACUGUACGGAAUAGAAAUAGAAGUAACUGAUAUUAACGACAGCGCCCCAAAAUUCCAGGCCGAAAGUCUGGAAGUAAAAAUUAACGAAAUCGCGGUUCCUGGAGCACGUUAUCCACUCCCAGAAGCUAUUGAUCCGGAUGUUGGCGUGAACUCCCUCCAGAGCUACCAGCUCAGCCCCAAUCACCACUUCUCCCUGAACGUGCAGACUGGAGACAAUGGAGCCAUAAACCCAGAGCUGGUGCUGGAGCGCGCCCUUGACAGGGAGGAGGCAACUGCUCACCACCUGGUCCUCACCGCCUCGGAUGGCGGCGAGCCGCGUCGCUCCAGCACAGUGCGCAUCCGUGUGACAGUGUUGGAUACAAAUGAUAAUGUCCCGGUUUUUGCUCAACCGAUUUACCGAGUUAAAGUCCUUGAGAACGUGCCCCCAGGCACCUGGCUGCUUACUACAACAGCCAGCGACCUGGAUGAGGGAAUCAACGGGAAGGUGGCAUACAAAUUCUGGAAAAUUAAUGAAAAACAAUCUCUGUUAUUCCAGCUUAAUGAAAAUACUGGGGAAAUAUCAACAGCAAAAAGUCUAGAUUAUGAAGAAUGUUCAUUUUAUGAAAUGGAAAUACAAGCUGAAGAUGGUGGGGGAUUGAAAGGGUGGACAAAAGUGCUCAUUUCGGUGGAAGAUGUAAAUGACAAUAGACCUGAAGUGACCAUUACAUCUCUGUUUAGCCCAGUGAGAGAAGAUGCACCUCAGGGAACAGUAAUUCUUCUUUUCAAUGCUCAUGACCGAGACUCCGGGAAGAAUGGUCAAGUUGUCUGUUCUAUCCAGGAGAAUCUAUCUUUUAAAUUAGAAAAUUCAGAAGAAGAUUAUUACAGAUUGUUGACGGCCCAAAUUCUUGACCGAGAAAAAGCCUCAGAAUAUAAUAUCACGGUGACUGCAAUGGACAGAGGAACUCCGCCCCUGUCCACAGAAAUUCACAUCACCCUGCAAGUGACUGACAUCAAUGAUAAUCCACCUGCUUUCUCUCAAGCCUCCUACUCAGUCUACCUCCCGGAAAACAAUGCCAGAGGUACUUCCAUCUUCUCGGUGAUUGCCUAUGACCCUGAUAGCAAUGAGAAUUCUAGAGUUAUUUACUCCUUGGCAGAGGAUACCAUCCAAGGGUCUCCUCUCUCCACCUAUGUAUCUAUUAACUCGGACACUGGCGUGCUGUAUGCUCUACGCUCCUUUGACUAUGAGCAGUUUCGAGAUUUGCAAAUGCAGGUGAGGGCAAGCGACAGUGGAAGCCCACCACUUAGCAGCAAUGUGUCAUUGAGACUGUUUGUUUUGGACCAGAAUGACAACGCCCCGGAAAUCCUGUACCCUGCCCUCCCCACUGAUGAUUCUACUGGUGUGGAGCUGGCACCCCGCUCUGCAGAGCCCGGCUACCUGGUGACCAAGGUGGUGGCAGUGGACAGAGACUCAGGCCAGAAUGCUUGGCUCUCCUACCGCCUAUUCAAGGCCAGUGAGCCAGGGCUGUUCUCAGUGGGGCUGCACACAGGUGAAGUGCGCACAGCUCGGGCCCUGCUAGAUAGAGACGCGCUCAAACAGAGCCUUGUGGUGGCUGUACAGGACCAUGGCCAGCCCCCUCUCUCGGCCACUGUCACGCUCACGGUAGCCAUAGCUGACAGCAUCCCAGACAUCCUGGCUGACCUGGGCAGUCUUCAGAUCCCUGCAGACCUGGAGGCCUCAGACCUUACCCUCUACCUCGUUGUGGCUGUGGCAGUCGUCUCCUGUGUCUUCCUCACCUUCAUUAUCACACUGCUGGCCCUCAGGCUGAGGCACUGGCACUCCUUGCGUCUGCUGCGGGCUACAAGUGAUGGGUUGGCUGGUGUGCCCACCUCACACUUUGUGGGUGUAGAUGGGGUUCGAGCUUUCCUACAGACCUAUUCUCAGGAGUUCUCCCUCACCGCUGACUCAAGGAAGAGUCACCCGAUCUUCCCCCAGCCCAACUAUGCAGACACACUCAUCAGCCAGCAGAGCUGUGAGAAAAAUGAGCCUUUGUGCAUCUCCGUAGAUUCCAAGUUUCCUAUAGAAGACACCCCUUUGGUUCCGGUGAGUUCAUUUUCUUUCUUUCUUUUUUUUUUGUUUUGUUUUGUUUUGUUUUGUUUUUGAGACAGAGUCUUACUCUGUUACCCAGGCUGGAAUGCAGUGGUGUGAUCUCGGCUCACUGCAACCUCUGCCUCCCAAGUUCAAGUGAUUGUCCUGCCUCAGCAUCCCAAGUAGAGUCGCUGGGACUAGAGUACAGUAGCUGGGACUACAGGCCUCCCAAGUAGAAUAACAGGGACUACAGGCACAUGCCACCACGCCCGGCUAAUUUUUUGUGUGUUUUUAGUAGAGACGGGGUGUCACUAUGUUGGCCAGGCUGGUCUUGAAUUCCUAACCUCAAGUGAUCCACCCACCUCAGCCUCCCAAAGCGCUGGGAUUACAGGCAUGAGCCACUGCGCCUGGUCCUUAACUUUCUAUUAUAGUUAUCUUUCUCUUUAACUGUUUGUACUUAAGGUAGUAUAAGUUGAUAUCAGUGUGUUUCUCAUCACUUUUCACUGGGCCUAAUUGUUGCUCCAACACUGAAAGGAGGCAUUUGUUGGUUAUAUUUGCUGAUAUAACUUUGAUGUUCUCAUAAUAAUUAACCUGCUGUCAAUGUAAACCAUUCUUCAUGGGGUAGCUCUCAGCCUGCAUUGAUGUGGGCUUUUUGGGUAGGGUUGCUUCAUUGGUUGCAGUGGACUCAUAUCAUAAAAUUCUUACUCCUUUUUUUUCUUAAGAGAUGGGGGUGUCAUUCUGUUGUCCAGGGUGGAAUGCAGUGGUGUGAGUAAAGCUCACUGCAGUCUUAACCUCCUGGGCUUAUGGGAUCCUCCCACGUCAGCCUUCACAGUAGCUAGGACUGAGGUGGGAGGACUAGCAAGCUAUGUUGCCCAGACUGGUCUCAAACGAUCUUCCUGCUUCAGUUUCCCAAAGCACUGGUGAGGUGUGAACCACCUCACCCAGCAAAUUCUUACUCCUAAGAUCAUUUAUUCAGGUCAUACUAUGUUCGUAAGGGUAAACUGAUAAAAAGGUAAAUGUAUUCUUCUUAGAGAAACAGCCGAAAGCCCAAAUUUAUUGCUUCUAUUCUUCCAUUUCUAUGAUAGGAAAACACCGCUUUGAGGUUAUAUUUUUCGGAUCACAAGUGUGUAAAGUCUGUUUGUGUUUAUAGAUAUUUUCUGACGAAGAUUCAAACUUCAGUUAUCCACUUCCAAACCCUAGUAAGCCAAUUUUUUCCCUUUAAUGGUGAAAGUUGUAACAUCUUUUAUUCUCAUAUCUUCAAAGGUCUUAAUUUCCUAACGCUUUAAUGUUAAAUUAUGGAGAAUAGUAGGACAUUCUUCUUUUCUAUAGUAUAUGCUUGCUCAAGAGAAGUUUCUAAGACUGGACACUGUGAAAUGACAAAACAAGGAAUUAAAAAUAUUUCUUUCACUUAUAUAUUAUUUCUGGCUCAAUUCUCCAACUUUUGAGGCUAGAAAUGAACUUGCAUAUCAGAUAUAAUUUAAGAAAAUAUUCUCAGGAACUGCUGGGAAGAUUCUAAAACGAUUUUACUGUUUUUAGCUAUAAGGAAGAGAAUAAUGUAUUAUUUAAUGUUAUCUUAAACAUAGUGUCAUUUCAAGUAGUAAAUAACAUUUCACAAGACAUUUGAAAAUAAGCUUUGAAGUUGACUCAAAAUUCUAUGCUAAACAUGUGAUCCAUAGAUACAUUGAUGACUGCUGGCAUUUCUGUGGAAAUGAAGAAUUGUUUUAUUUGUUUGUAAUUACUUGGGUUUCAGUUGCUUUAUUUUUAAGAAAAAAAGCUAAACUGUCUGGUAAUCCUUUAUGACAUACAGACAUUUUAAUUAUUUCAAACACGUUUUCCCCCUUAAGCGGGUAGCAAAAAAAAUGAAGCAUACUUUAGGCUCAUAUUUUUAACCAUGCAACAAGAAAAUUGUUACAAUUUCUGUUCUGAGGAGUAUCCUUCAUACUUAGUAUUUAUAAAUAUUGAAAUGUGUGUUAAUUUGGGGAAAGCAUAACAGAUAUCCACGAAGGCUUGUAUGUCAUGGUAGGUAGUUACUAUUCGAUACCACAAAAAUGUCUCUUGCCCUUAAAAGCAGAACACGAGGCUCACCAGACAGAUGACUGAAUGGAAUGGAAAAUGUUUAUUUCUGUUUUUCUUAAGCUAUGUAGGACUUAACUUAUUGUGCAUUGGUAACAUUGUAGAACAUAAACUGAAAGAUAAAAUUCUUGACCUUAAUGUCUCAUCUUAAAAAGAAAUAUUGAUUGACAUUCUAUAUCUCGUAUUACUUAAAAAUAAUGGGGGAGCGCAGUAUAUAUUAAACAAAGAUUGACUUUGUAGUGAUCAUUGUUGAAGGUGGGGUGAUGGCUAUGUGAAGGUUCACUAUAUAUACUCCCUACUGUUGUAUAAGUUUGAAAUUGUGCAUAAUAAAUUUAUUUAAAACACAAA